GACGGGAGGGGACCCAUCUGGCGCCGCCUCUUCCUCUCUGGGAUUGCUACGCAGUCGUCUAGGCAGCAGCAAUGGAGUCCGUCAAAAAAACUAUCAAGAAUGAACCUGGAAAUUGACAGGCAUAACCUGAAGGUAAACGGUUACAACCUGCUCCCACGUCACAUCUGCCGUGGUUAGGAAACCCCACUGUGUGUCAUUCCAUCUAGCCCUGUGGCCAACUGAUUGAGCUUGGUGUGAUUUCGCUUCCCCCUCGCAGACAAUGUACUGCCUUCAGUGGUUGCUCCCAGUCCUCCUCAUCCCGAAACCCCUGAAUCCGGCCUUAUGGUUCAAUCACUCAAUGUUCAUGGGCUUCUACCUGCUCAGCUUCCUUCUGGAGAGGAAGCCAUGUACCAUUUGUGCCUUAGUGUUCCUGGCAGCCCUGUUUCUCAUCUGCUACAGCUGCUGGGGAAACUGUUUUCUGUACCACUGCCAUGACUCCACACUGCCAGACUCUGCACACGACCCCAGCAUUGUGGGCAACUAAGAGGAUCCCACUGACACUAGGAGCACACGGACCCUGGACAAUCUGUAUCUAGGCUGUGAAUAAAAUCCCCCAGUUGACUGUCGAGAUGCUGAGAAACCUAGACAGUGUCCCGAUUCUCAUCCCCUCUGCCCUUAGUGUGCACUUGUUCACUUCCCUUCAUGGAUUUCAAAGGAAUUGACUGUUGCAAAAAAUAGGGUGGUAAUUCCCUCCAAUGAUUACCCAAAUCCAGUGCUUUUAAAUGCAUGGGGAGGAGUGCAUAUGUAAACUUUCCAGAAAAUGCCCUAUCCUGCCCAUCUCCCUCCUCACUACUGCCCUCCACCCCUGCCUUUAUCCCCUGGUCUUGAGUGAACGUCCACUACCCUGGACUCACAUUUGCAAUGGUUGCCUUUUAUAGUUUUCAUAUGUUAUGUUAAUACAUCGAUUUUAAUUACAGAAUGCUGAAAGUUUCCAAAGGGUAGAAAUUGUGUGUGUGUUAAUCAGCAUUUUCACAAGUCAUACUAUCAAUAUGUUAUGGUAGCAGGAAGGUGAACAUGAAUAUCCUGCGUCCUUGUUGAGCUUUAUUGAUGUCGAGAGUAGAAGAGUGAUGUGAACCAUCUUCAUGUCACUUCCCCUGCAGAGCUCAAAUGUUACCACAGCCUUUUAAUUUAUUAAAGUUCAACGUCUGAAGGCGCUAUCACUGACCAUGAUGCGGGAGCCUCGUGUGUUUUCUCGGUUCUUCUAGGCUUUAUGUCAACUGCAAGUUUGAUCAAUUGCCCACUAUCUGCAUUUGAGCGAGUGAGAAUGCCUCAUGACUAAGAAGGAAAGGCUCAAUAUUGUUGGUGAAAGAUUUUUUUUUUUUUUUAGGGUUCACAAUCUCAAUAUUUGAAAAGACCAGUCCGCUUUUAUAAAGUUUAUUAUGAAAGUAAUUGAAAUGAGAAGGUUAAUUACUGCGUGUUGUCUGGUGCUGGAGGGCAGACAUUGAAUUUUAUUUUAAGUUGGGCCAUAUAGAGACUGCUGAACAAGCUAAUGAGCUUUUGAUCAAAAUGUUUUAUAUUAUUUUUAACUCCAGCCCAGUGUGAGACCCAUCACGGAAAGGUCACCAUUUUGUAGCUGGCUGUCCAGUGAACCACAGGCCUAACAAAAUGUUCACAUCAUUUAGCCCGGUCUGGUUUUGAGAACUUUUGACAAUGAUACUCAAGUCAAUUGUAUUAUAUUCUGUUAGGAUGCUGUAGCUAAUGACAUAUUGUUUGUCAUUAAAAUAGGUUAGAUCAUCAGUCUCGAUUUGCUCUUUUGUGAAGAUUGUGCUGCCAAUGUUAUUUGUAGGCUACAUUCAAUACAUGGGAGGUUUGUAUUGCAAAUAUUUGCAUUAGGUCUGUCCCCGACUAAAAAAGAUCUUGGUAAA